AUGGCAGGUCAUUCAUCCUUCUGGUGGUUUACGGCAGUUUGUCUCUUCUCUGUCUUGGGAUUGAUGGCAAGCAUUUACAUCGUGGAGGAUGGCGAUGUACUGAUGUAUAAUCGGCUGAGAUUGAAGGCUACUGAUAGCCAUGUCUAUGUAAUGUCAGUGAGUAACACAACGCUUGUAAAUUCGGUAACGCGGACCUUAUUGACGACACCAAUAAACAACCAGACAGGUCAAGUGACUUUACAUUGCAAGACGGUGUGCAGUGGAUCUGCAGGUGGUAUCUGCGUCCCUCUGGAUUUGGCCAUCUUCGUCUACAAGAACGAUACACCAACUGACAACAUGACCUUCAACUUGCAAAAUUAUAAUCCUGUUGUCCGUGUAGCAAGGACAAGUAACACUUCUCACGAAUCCUCAGUGCUUAAGAUGGAGCGAUGUAACUUGGAGGAACAUUUCCCUGGAGUGGAGCUCAUCCCACGGCAGACAAGCUGUGCUGUGAUCGGUAACAGCGGUAUCUUAAACAACAGCAGUUGCGGUGAUUUCAUCGACUCACAUGACUUCGUUAUCCGCGCCAAUAUGGGGCUGAUAAAAGGCUACGAAGUUGACGUCGGCAAACAGUCAAGUUUGAAUGCUUUUAACAGAGCUCUGAUGUUUUCAUACGGUAGUGCCAUGGGGAGAUCAAACAGUUCCAAAUUUCUUAAGACACGGGCUAAACUUUUCGACCACAUGCAAGCUUUGAAAGAGUCGAUUUUGUGGUACCCGAAACAGCUGUACCAUCGCAACGGUAGCUUUGUAUCUGGCAGGAAGUUUCGGUCUAUAAUCGACGCAAUACGGCAUAACGGAUUCACGGAUAUUCGGUUUGCCUUCAGCUGGAAACCCAUCAGUGUUGCGAGGGAAUGGGGCAUACGACGAACAGGCACGCUUGGAUUAGACAUGUACGCAGUCGCUCGGACGUUCUGCUCCAACAUCACUCUCUUCGGAUUCUACCCGUUCUACAAAGAUCUAGAGGGUCGAGCAGUCAAGUAUCAUUAUUUUGACGAUGUGAAAUUCAAUUUUUCUCGUAAUAAGGGGCACGAUUUUUCUCUGGAACACACCAAACUGAAAGAACUGGAACGACAAGGGAAACUGACUUUAGUCGUCAGAGAUUGCAAGCCAAGAACGUAGCAAAAAAAUGAGUUCCAUGCGUCAACAAAAUAUGACGCUGUGUGUCCUACAAACGGUAUUAAUUCCAUAGGAAACACACUACAGUGCUUUGCUAUAUAGAGCGCGUUGUUCAUCCUUUAAAUGAACUGCUAACUAAGUUUGGUAGACUUGUUCCGGGACCCUGGAAUAUUGUUAGAUUAUUAAUAGAGCAGGAACCAAUCUAGAAAACGUGGUUGAAAACAAAACGUACGUACAUUACAAAACUAUCACAAUUAUGUAGACCUUUGAUACGCAUCGAUCGUACGUCCUCACCGUCGGUUCGCGCCUCGCAGGUGUUGAAGAGGCUGUUCAAGUGGCCCUUCACGCCUCUCUCUUUUUCGCCGUUGAGGGGGUACAUUUGCAAGGGGUUCAUAGCCUAGUCUGAACACAUGGGCGAUAGUCGGUAGGUAGGAGUCUGAGACCGGUGCAAUUGCCCCCCCCCCCCAGAUUUACCCAAGUGCCCCUUUUGCGGCCAUCAAUGUGCCCCCUCGAACAUGACAGUUCGUCCUUGCGAUGAAAAGAAAAUGGCCCUAAAAGUAUCCGAGUAUUAAUUUUCAGUAACCAUUUCCCAAAAUGGUAUAGAUAGUUUUGAUAUAAACGAGGAAUAUGAAAACCCAGCCCCAUGUUCAGAAAAGAAAAUCCUGGCAACUUUUGAACCAAAAAACUAUACACCGAAUCCUUUCCUUUGGGUGAUGUCACAUUUGUGUUUUUGGAUUUUAAAGUAUGAUAAAUCCAUCAAGAAAGCAAACAAUACAAAUAAUUAGACCUGCUGAAAAUGGCAAGAAAUUGUCGGUGGCAGAGGUUUCCUUUCUUGUUAACCAAUCGAUGUGGUAUGUUUCUUUUCCCGUUAAAAAACCCAUGUUCAUAUUGAGACGGAACAGGAAUUAGAAUAAAGUCACCAACUGUAUGCUUUAAAAAGACCACGUGAGUCACGCACACUCUGCAUAUUGGGAACCCUUGUAUGUGAUUGGUCAAUUUGGGUUGCACUGUUAAUAUUUGGCAAAGAGAAGUUGUACUCAGUCUAUAGGGCUCACGGUAUAAAAGGAGUUGCAGGGUUAGGAUAAGCAGCUGAUUGCUUGAUUAUUUAAAUAAUUAGAAUAUGCUACUGUACUUGAUCAUGAUGGAAUGACAUGACAGCUAGAUGAUGAAUGAUUAAA